CUGGGGACCCUUUUUGGAUUUGGGCAGCUGUGUGUUUGAGACUCUCUCUCUCUCCCUCCCGACCAUCCUCCUCCUCUGCAGAGGAGACCCAGUAGGGCGAGCCCUCUUCCCCCCCAAACACCUAGCCUCUGCGCCCCUCCCGUGAUUUCCUCGCCUGGCGAGUCGGGGGGAAAAGCCCCAUCCAUGAUGCAGGCUCGCUACUCCGUCUCCGACCCCAACACCUUGGGAGUCGUGCCUUACUUGAGCGAGCAGAACUACUACCGGACCGCGGGGACUUACAGCAACAUGGCCAGCCCCAUGGGCGUCUAUUCCGGCCACCCGGAGCAGUACGCCGGCGGCAUGGGCCGCUCCUACGGGCCUUACCACCACCACCAGCCGGCGGCUCCCAAGGACUUGGUGAAACCUCCCUACAGCUACAUCGCCCUCAUCACCAUGGCCAUCCAGAACGCGCCGGACAAGAAGAUCACCCUGAAUGGAAUUUACCAGUUCAUCAUGGACCGGUUCCCCUUUUACCGGGAGAACAAGCAAGGCUGGCAGAACAGCAUCCGCCACAACCUCUCGCUCAACGAGUGCUUCGUCAAGGUGCCCCGCGACGACAAGAAGCCGGGCAAAGGCAGCUACUGGACCCUCGAUCCGGAUUCCUACAACAUGUUCGAAAACGGGAGCUUCCUGCGCCGCCGGCGCCGCUUCAAGAAGAAAGACGUGCCCAAGGAGAAGGAGGAGAGGCCGGCCAAGGAGCAGCCCAAAGCGCCCUCGGACCCCCCGAAGGAGGGCUCGGCGGAGAAGAAGGUGGUGAUCAAGAGCGAGGCCGCUUCGCCCGACCUGCCGGUCAUCACCAAGGUGGAGACGCUGAGCCCGGGCAGCCCCCGCAGCGUGGCUUCCACCCCGUCGGCCUCCACCGAGAGCUCCCUGCCCGAGCCCCACCCGUCGGGCAACGGGCUGUCGGGCUUCAGCGUGGAGAACAUCAUGACCCUGCGGACUUCUCCCCCCGGGGAGCUGAGCCCCGGCAGGACAGGGGCCGGGCUGGGGGCCUCGCUGCCGCUGGGCUACCCCCAGGCGCAGCCGUCGGUCUACAGCCAAGCGUGCAGCCAGAGCAUGGACGCGAGCGGGAGCUACCACUGCAGCAUGCGGGCCAUGAGCCUCUACACCGGGGAAAGGCCGGGCCACAUGUGCGUCCCCACCACGCUGGAGGAAGCCAUCUCGGAGCAUCCCAACAGCACCGCCUCGCCCCUGGCCACCAUGAACCUGGCCUCGGGCCAGGAGAGCGCGCUGACCCCCAGCCACCCGCAUGCCAGCGGCGGUCCCGGGCAGCCGGCAGCCUCCUGGUACCUCAACCACAGCCCCGAGCUGAACCAUCUCCCCGGGCACGCGUUCGGCUCCCAGCAGCAGACUUUUCCCACCGUCAGGGACAUGUUCAACUCCCACCGGCUGGGGAUUGAGAGCUCGGCCCUCAACGAGCACCAGGUGAGCGGCAACACAAGCUGUCAGAUCCCCUAUAGAUCCACCCCCUCCAUAUACCGCCACGCCACCCCCUAUCCCUAUGACUGCAGUAAGUAUUGAUUAGCAUCCCGGGCAGGACAAUUCCACCCACACUUAAGACGGCAUAAGGAAAUCCUUCUAAGCGGACCUGGGAACUAAAGAGUUUAUAGACCCUUAAUCCUCUCCCCGUCCUCUUUAAAUUCCAGACAAGUACAUUCUACUUGAAAGGGGAUAUCUUUAAAAUAUAUAUAUAGCUAUCUAAACCAAAGUGGCAAAUUUAUAUGCUAAAGUAUAGGAGGCCUCCGGAAAAAAUAAGUUAUGGACCAAUAUCACAGCGAUCAUUAUACGUUUUAAAAGAAAAGUAUAUAUAUUAAAUAUAUGAAUAUAUGUCCUGGGUAUUUUAAGUUCUCUUAUUGUGCUGUAAAAUGUGUGGAUUUCUAAUCAGACUAAUUUUUCAGAGCCAUUAAUAUAAUAUUUAAAGUUGAGUUCACUGGAUUUUUUUUAUGUUGCCCAAAAAUUCCUAACAGCCAAAUUAAUUACAAGUGAGUUCUUUUCCCUUUUUUUUGUACAAUUAUGCAAUAGAAUUUCUUUCUAUUUAGAGCUGUUCUUUUUUACAAGAGGGGGAAAUAAUUUAUUUUUGUUGGUGGGUUUUUGGAAAGAAGACAAAGUAUCUGAUACUUUUUUUAAAAUGUACGACAGUGUGAUGUUUUGUAUAAUAGUCUCCACCCUGACCAUUCCUGAGAACUAUUUGUUUUAUUCUACUUCACGCUUGUUUGUCUUGGUCUUAAUUGUUGUACUUACCUUAAAAUAAAUCCAUGUUGUUUUCUUCUGCUCAAAGUCUGGCGCAUGUGUGUGUGUGUGUGUGUGUGUGUGUUUGCAAUUUUUCCAGAUUUUUUUUUCAGGCAGAAAACGUGGAAAACAUUGAUGUUCAAACAAAGUAGAUUUCCUUGAGACUAAAAGUUUAUUACUCGUUUUAUUAUUAUUUAUUUAAAAAAGGCCCAAUUCACAUGACGAUGGAAGCAGACAAAAUAGCAUAGUUGGAAAUGAAAACAUCUAAGCAUUCCUGGGUUAGUUUAGUUAGUGCUUUCCAGAGUUUGAAGAUUUGCAGAACACUUUGCCAAUCCAAGACAAUUUGCCAGUUUUAAACUGGAGUAAGAUUCUUCAAUCCUCCAAUCAUGUGAAUGAAAGAAUCGUAAUCAGGAUAGGUUCUGAUUAAUCACUCUUAUUUUAAUCUGGUUCUUGACAGUUUUAUUUACCUACUGAGAUGUAGGCCUUAUAAAGUGCCUUGAAUGUAACCAGUUACCUCUUGGUUACAGGCAGUUGCCACAAUAAAACAAACAAAAUACAGUUCAUAGGGAGAAUGAAUUAAUAACAUCCUGGGAGGAUAAAAAAGGAAUAUCAUUUGAUCUGGAUUUCAUUAUGAAGUACUAAGAACUCUCCCAGGGAAUUCAUAGUAGGAUGGUUUUACUGUCUGAAUGCAUUCUUUUUUAUUUGUUUCCUCAUCUGACUUAAUCUUCUGCUUCCGAUACCCAGUUUGAGCUCUCAUUAUAAAUAUCUGGGGCUGACAGCAGAUAUGUUUAAACAACCCAAACCCCUACCAACCUUCUCUUCCUUCAAAACUCUUCUAAGUAACUUUAACGUGCUCCAGAAACCGGGUGGCUAAUUGUCUCUUAGUCCUACUAAACAUACCACCACGUUUGCUUGAAAACGGCUCUUAAAGCCAUUUUUAUCUAAAGACUGUUUUAUUCUUUAUCAACGUGCUAGACAGUUUGUCUAUCAAGUUAAUUGUGAUGGUAUGCACAUAAUUCCCUAAUGAAUGUAUGAGCUAGUUGCAAAGAUUGUGGAUAAAUAUCGAUGUUGUAAGGUAUCUCAGAAUAUAAAUGCAACGUAAUAAAUACUGCUAAUGAGGCAAAUUCCAGAUCCCCCAUAAAAACCAAACCACUAAACAUCCAUUAGGACGAAAAAGUGAAUAGAUGGGUGGAGAAGAGCCAGUUCUUUGUAGACAUAAUACACGAAUAGAUUUUGAUCUGUCAAAUAUCACAUGCUGUAGCAUUAUGGCAAAGUGCACUGAAGCUCUUGGUUUAAAUGAAACAUUUUGUGCUGUGUUUAAGCCACCUUCCUACAAAACCCGAACUACUUUGGCCAGAUUCUCGAGUUUUUAGCUCUUAAUGAAAAAGCAAAGAGAGAAGGAAAAAUAUCAGAGCAAACGCACCCCCCAUCCUCUCCCCUUAAACUGGGAAGAUGUUUUUCGCUUGAUAGAUGCUUUCCCACCUCACAAUGAAACAACAGCUUGCUAGCAUUGCUCUGUCUAUAAUCAGCAGUGAACUGAAAACCAGGUGUUUGAGGUUGGAUGUUCAAGGGGGUGUUGCUUCUCUUGUGAUGGGGGAGAGGCUGGGCUGUGUGUGUGAGAAUGCCCCGCAAUUGUGGGUGGUUGAGAGACGACUAGGAAGAGAGGACGAUCCAUGAGCAUUGGCAUGCAAUCUGCCACUUCUCCGCCUUAGCGGGUCCCUUGCUUGAGACAGUUGCCAGUGUCAUAUUCUCUCUACAAAACAGGGCCUUUGGGUGGAGAAUGAGGUUGCAAGCACAGGUGGUUUUCUGCUGCCCUUAACGGUCCAGGGAAUUCGGCCUGGAGGCUUUUCCUUGUUUGUGUAAAGAGCACGCCAGGCUGGGCCACUGAUGGGAGGCUAGCCCCGUGCCACCCAGGGCUGGCUCAUUGCAGACGCCUAAGUGCUGAUUACCUUAUUGCAGUCGCGUCUUACCAAUGGCUGCUGGGGUAAAGGACUUGCUGACCUCCCGAGGCGUGUGCUUUUCCCUGCAAGGCAAGAUACUGGCUGCCACUAGUCGUGCUUCCUCUC